AUGCCUCAUCAGGUUUCACAGAUAUUUUUGAAAGCUUGCUCCCGAGUCCUCAGCUUGACGGCCAUGGUAUCGCCAACCCUGCCCAGCUCAUACGACAGCAUAGAAGACUACACUGCUCAUCUGUGCCACUUCCUUGAUACUCCGCUAGUCCGUCAAAUCACCGGCGGCAUCCACGUCAACGACGCCCUGCUCCGCAACGGCUGGCAAGCCCUGCCCCAAGAAUGGACAGACUGGUGGUCUUCGUGGCCGCGCCACCGUCUCGCACAACAAGACCUCAUCGACGGCAUCGAUGAGGGACUCGACCCAGCAUCCUGUCGUUUUUCAAAGCAAGCCCAGCCUGCCGAAAGCCGGCCGGCUUCGCUGACCGACUGGUUGGCGAGACUAAAGUCGCUCGCGCUUCCUCGCAGCCGUCGCCCAGGUCCGACGCUCGCUCUGCCAGAAGCUUUGACGGCCCAUAUGAAGCCCAAGAAGGUUUCCGAGGUAUCUGCAGCAGCCGCGUAUAUCCACAACGUCUGCCAAAGAAGAGGCAUCACCCGCAUCGUCGACAUGGGCUCCGGCCAAGGCUACCUGUCCAUCAGCCUGGCCUACUUGUUCCCGUACCUGCGGUGUCUCGCCAUGGACGGCAGCGAGACGCAGGUCGCGGCGUCACGGUCGGCAGCCGCCGCCCUGGGCAUCCCAGAGACCAGACUGAAACAAGUCGUGCACUGGGUUGACGGCUCCCGAGAUUUGGCGUUCCUGGUCGAAGACUGGGCCGAGGGCGAGCGCUGCAUGCUCGUCGGUCUCCACGCGUGUGGGAGUCUGUCGGAGCACAUGGCCAGAUACUUUGCCACAGUGUCCUGUAUUGACGCCUUGGCCGUCGUGGGCUGCUGCUACAAUCACAUCGUUCCCCGGUCGCCCGCCUCGCCGGCCGGCUUCCCCAUCAGCUCGGCGUUGAGAGAACGCAAUGUGUCGCUGAGUGCUACCGCUCUCAUGACGGCUUGUCAAGCGCCGAAUAACUGGACGAGGCCGAGCCCGGAAUGCGUCGCGGCGGGAGACUCGAUGUUUUCCAAGCGUCGUUUGUACCGUUCAAUCCUGGAGAAACUGUUGCACGACAAGGGGAUAAAGGUGAAUAAUGUCGGGGACGAAAAGCGGCCGAGGUGGGGCAUUCGGAAGCAGGACAUGGCUACUUUCAUCAAGUACGCACGUAGAUCAAUGGACUGCACGGAUGUGGCUCACGAAACCAUCACAGACGCUGAGUUGAUGGCCUACGAGGAGCGGUAUAGCGAUUGCGAGGGCCAGAUCGCCAUCCUGUGGACGCUCGGUGUGCUUUGCAGCAAGGUUGUCGAGAGCUUGAUCGCCAUGGAUCGCUACUGCUAUCUGCAGGAGCAAGGGGCAGAGGGGGUCGAUGUUGUGCCAAUCUUCGACUUCAAGGUUUCUCCCAGAAAUCUGAUGGUGGUGGCAGAAAAAGCGCAGGCCGCAGGUUGCAAUCACUAA